AUGAUUCUGAGGUUUCUCAUAUUCACAGCAUUGGCUGUGACAACAGCCAAUUCUAGUACACGACAGCAGGCGGCAGCUGCUUCGUCGGCUUUUCAUUCUAUUCAAGUCGAUUCUCCACCAUCAGUGCGUUCUCGAAUAAUCUCCGCGUCUGUGAAUACGGCGUCUUCAGUUUGCAACGAAAACGAUUUCCGAUGUUCUGAUGGAAAAUGUAUUCGUGCCGAAUGGAAGUGCGAUGGAUCUGGUGAUUGCUCAGAUGGAGAAGACGAGAAGGAUUGUCCACAUCCUGGCUGCAAAUCCGAUCAAUGGCAGUGUGACACCUACACGUGGCACAGUGUCUCCUGUAUCGCCGAAUAUCAGAGAUGUGAUAAUAUCACGGAUUGUGCCGACGGUUCUGAUGAAAAGGAUUGCCCUGCUUCCACUGUCGACUGCAGCUCUCCGAACGUUUUCAUGUGUGCCGAUGGUCGUCAAUGCUUUGAUAUCACCAAAAAAUGUGAUGGAAAGUAUGAUUGCAGAGAUUUGAGUGAUGAGAAGGUGAGUUUUUUGAUGACCUAG